ACAAGGUUUUAAAAUAUAUUAUUUUCAUAUUUGUUUUAAAAUAGUUUCAUUUAAUUUUGUAUAAUAUUACCGAAUUUUGCACUAAUUUAAGCAAACUUCUAAAACAAAAUUGAAUAUGAGUAAAUAAGGUUUUGUUUUCCAGUUAAAUUAAAAUAUAUCCAUAUAAACACUGUAGUUUUGGUUGGCUUUCAUUUUAAUUAAAUGAAGGAGGGACCAGAUUCAGCAGAAGAUACUGUAACCCCAAAUAAUUACUAUCGCAACGGAAAUCUAUCAAUUCAAACCAUAAAACAAGAUGCUUAUAACGUUUUGUCAGUUUUGAGAUCAUAUGUAAAUAAUAUCUCCGGAUAUUCCGCCACCUCAAACCUAGUUCCUAUCCUCGGAGCUGAUGUUUCACUGCUAAAAACGAACGAACAAAAGUUAAUUAAAAAGUUUAAAAAAUUGGCCUCAGUGACUGUCACAAAUGAGAGAAAAUAUCUAAAACUCGAACAUCUGGAGCCGUUUUUUGAAGUUUUUAAUACUUUUGAUACAAGAUAUGUGAAGCUCCUGAUACUGUGCGUUGAAUCUUUGGGCAAUUUGGCAAGGAACGACUUGCUGUGUUUUGAAGAGAAGGAUGCACCUGAGUUGAUGAAUAAGAUAUUCACUGAGGUUUUGACCGUUUUCUCAAAUGUACUUGAACUGAAAGAAGAUUUUCUGUUGUUAAAAACAUUCGACUGUUUUGAGCACCUUUUCCGAUCAUAUUACGGAAAUCUUAUAAGUAAUGAAAAUACCUAUAAUCUGCUGAAGUUGAUCUUGUCACUACUGAGUAUUAGAAACAGGAACUCGUUUUUCAAGAAGGUUUUUUACUCAAAAGUGAUAGAUUUGUUGCUGAGCGCAUUUGGGAAUACAGAAAAAUACGGAGGACACAAUCACGAACUGUACAGAAGAGUGAAUACAGUGUGCUUGUUUUUAAGUUUGAUGAGCGGAAUUAGCAGCCGCUUCAACUCUUUGGGAUACCACAUUGAGGACUCAUACCUGUGCAUAUCUGACAAGGAUACGAUGCUACUUUUGAGAUCGCAUCUUGCACCAAUUUUGAGUAGCUUGGCAAAUGUUCCGACAAGUUACACUGAAUUUGCAGAAGAUAUGAGGAGAAUGAGUUUGUCUCUAUUUAACACUAGCAUAGAAUGUAAGAUGUUGGACCUGUCAAACGUGAAUUUGGUUCCAAUUUUGCAGGCCCAUUUCACGCACUCGUUGUACAAGCUUUUGUUUACAGAGUCAAUCACAAUGUAUUCGCUAGCGCUAAGAAGCUUCUGGAAUUUGUAUAUUAAUUUCAGGUUCUACCUAAAGUCUCAGGUUGAGCUGUUCCUGAAUCACCUGAUAACCUCAGUUAUGAACCAGCUGUCUACAGCCAAAAGGUCGAGGAUUGAUAUCCUCGAAAUGAACAUGGAAUUUCUAGGAGAACUGUCCAAAAACUCAUAUUUGCUGCUUGAAAUGUUUUUGAACUACGACUGCGAUGUCAAGUGCUCGAACCUGUUUAACCUAUUCGCGAGAUGCCUAGUUAUGUGCCUGUCAAUAAACACAGAAAAUGAGAUUAACGCUAAUAAAUUGGACCAGUCAAAGUCCAAGAAAGGAACCACUAAAACUAACUCAAAAAAGACAACGACACAGUAUAAGUCAACAACGAGCGCAUCGGAAAAUCUGCCGCAGCUUAACUUGGAAAUGUUCUCAUUAAAUGCAUUGCAUAAUAUCGUCAAGUUUGUCAUCACAGACCACAAACUGUAUGGUAAUCCGAACCCUAAUAACUGUAGUAAUUAUCAAACCUCUAAUGAGGACCAGGAUAAGAUGAAGGAGAAAAAAUAUAAAGAUUUGACAAUGAAGUGUAGUUUAAUGUUUAACAGUUCGAAGGCAGACGAGUGGAUAGAAAAUGCUAAAAAUCUAGGAGUACUUUCGAAAUACUGUACUGAAAAGGAGGUGGCAUUAUUUCUUAAAUACUCACCAGAACUCGACCUUAAAAAGGUAGGAGAAUAUUUGGCAACACAUAAAAAUCCCGAGUUCAUGGACGUAGUGAGGGCCAACUUCUGCGAACUGAACCACUUCGCAGGAGUCCCAAUUGUGAUGGCAAUUAGGACUUUUUUGUCCUCUUUCAGACUUCCAGGCGAGUCUCAGCAAAUCGAAAGACUAAUAGAAGUGUUUUCAAAGAUUUACUUCAAGUCACAGCCACUGGUGAAUGGUCUGGAUUCUGAAGUUUCAAGUGUGAGGCCCGAUAACAAGGAUUUAAAUGUAGCUAAAAAGCAUACUCGGAGUGUUAGUGGAGUUGAUUCUGAUCAGAAUGAGUUAAAACUGGCAAGAUGGGUGGUACAGGAGGAUUUCUACUACAAGCAUAGGUCGAUUCAGCAAAAGUGUAAUCAGUUUGAUGUUUACGAAGAUAACUGUAUCAAGUGCUCAGAUUUAGAAAAAUCAGAGAGGUUUGAAACUGAACCUAACAACAACGAACAUUCAGGUGACCCAGGUAAAUCAACCGACACCGGUAAAAAGUGUUUUGAUUAUACUGUGGCCUCAAAUUGGGCCAGUAACGUUGAGAUGUACAAGUAUUUUUUAUCAAAUGAGGUUGAGAGCUUAAUUUGCAAACAAAAUUAUGAGAAAAUAUGUGAGUACCUUAAAAACACGCCAGUGACGAUGGAAACACAAACCACAAUUAAUGACGUCAAUAAUAGUGAAGGUGAUACAAAUAGAAGUAGUUUGGGAAACUCAACACCAGCAAGUGAGUCUGGGAAGUCAGUAAACUCAGUAAAUUCAACAUUAAACAGUCAAGUAGUUAAUGAGAAGGUUAGACUUGAGCAUAAGCCUGGAUUUGCAUAUAUUCAAGACUAUAAUGCCAUAUUCGUACUAUGUUACUCCAUAAUAAUGCUAAACACGGAUCUACAUAAUAACCAGAUAAAGAAUAAGAUGAAGUUGGAGGAUUUUAUAAGGAACAACAGAGGAACAAACGACGGGAAAAAUUUCUCCUCAGAGUUUUUGCAGGACAUUUACAAGACGAUCAAGUUCCACGAAAUUAAACUACACUCGAGUUUAACACUCAAUAACUCAACGCAAUAUGAACCAUAUCUCUGGUCAGACUAUGUUCUACCAAGGCAGAAACAACUUUCACCAUAUGUACAAUUGACGACUUCUAACGAAUUUCGUGACUCGGAAGAUGAUAAAGUGAGGAAGGAGAAAGCUGGAGUGAAGUUGGUAUCAGACCUUACAGAUAGUGGGUUCAACGCAAAUCACAGGUUACAACUGUUUGAAGUGCUUUUGAAUAAUAAUAUUUUGGAGUUUUUAGAUCAAUUAUUCUCGUACUGCAGAAAAGUGGAACUCUUGAAGAAAACCGUGGAGUUGUUCUGGCUAAUUGUAAGCCUGGCACUGAAAUAUUCUAAACACGAUUUGGUAAAUAAAGUGUUUCAGCUUUCGAGUAUUGACGUGGGUUAUUCAAUGGGAUACAAGUGCCAGAUAUCGAUUUCUUUCGUGUUGAACAUGUUAGCAGUGUGUUCGGAGUAUUUUGACAGGGGCUCCUGGCAGAAGCUUCUGGAUAUUGUGACCAGGUUUUACUGCUUGAACCUUCUUCCGCCUACGUUUGCUGCGCUUGACGGAGAUCACAGACUCUUCGCUUCAAAUUCCUAUGCAGAUCUCUCAGUACCCAGCAUACGCUUCAAACGGUUAACUGACAAGAAGAGUAGUGGUUGGUUAGUGGGCCUUUCAAACCUGAUGAUCUUCACAAAGGGAUCAAGUCCUGAGGCAUUAAAAGCCCUUAACAAGUACAACGUGGAUGAGGAGAACGCAGAAACUUUCCUAUUCCUGUUUGAUGUUCAAGCGAGUUCUUCGGAACUAGUACAGAACAAAUUCUUUGAUGUGUAUUUGCUAAGAAACAAGUUCAGUCCAGUAUACUCGAGUGAGGAUGAAGCAACGAUUAGUAACGUCACAAAAACACUAUCAAGUGAGUCAGACCGGGAGGAACUGCUCCCACCAAUACUCACGUACAUAAACCUCAGAUUAGCAUUCCUUAACAUUUAUAAACUUGACGACCUCUUCAUGGGAGCAAUAAUUACCUCUAACCUGAAUUCUUUCCAGCUAUUUUUAUCUGUGAUAAUGGAUAACGUACUAUCAGACCCCAGUAACACUGGAAAGUAUGGUGAUAAAUAUUACGAUAAACACGGUGAUAUUGAAAGGGAUAGAGAUGGAUUCGGAAGUAUUUUGGACCCAAACCACAUGGAACUGGACCGAUUCAGAGAUAAUAUAACCUCGAUAUUUAACCUGGGAAUUUUUUCAAGACUGACGCUCCUCAUCUUAACCAACGCACAUAACCAUCAUGAUAAAUCAGAUGAUGCGAAAGAGGUUAAUGGGACGUUUGAAAAUGAUAAGAAGAGGAUGAUAUUGAGUUAUUUUCUAGAGUUGUUUUACUUGGUGUCCAGAAAAUUGGUCGUGAAGAAUUCAGUGAAUUAUCUCCCUACAAGAGAAAGUUUGUACCAAUUUUUCAACCUCAGUUAUGAUGAAAGUUUGAAAAGGUUUGACACAAACUUUAAUUUGGAUGAUAAACUCCCUAAUUACGUCACAUUCAUAUUGCUUAACCUCGUUUUCUGGUUCAUUGAUCAUUACAAUACGCAUAGAGAUUUAGAGUCACCAAGUAGUCAUAGAUUCAAUUCACGCGCUAAUAGUAACAAUUUCCAGAAUAAUACAGAGAAAACUGAGGGAUUUGUAGUGAAAGAAAGGGGCGAUGUGAUAAUAAAUGUUAGUGGAUGGUUGCUGCAUUUGUUUAUAAAUUUUGAUAAUUCGUUGUUUGGAUUAUAUUUAGAGCCGUUUGAAAAGCUGUUAUACAACCUGGCAGAUGGUUACUGUCUGUCACGGAACGUUUACAUGGUGUCACUGGUUUUAUGCUCAAUUCAGCGCAUGGUAAACCCUCAUCUUCCAUUUGGAGCUGACUCCUUAAGUCUGGCAACCACGAAAACAAGCACAUCAAUCCUGACACUCCUGCUCAGAAGGAGUAAGUGCGUCACGGUGAAUAACCCGCUGGUGGCAAAACUAGCAGCCCAAACACUACUCUCAAUUGCACUCUUCACAAAUAUCACCUCAACACUACCCGCAGCAAAGCAAAAUAAUUAUUAUAAAGAUCACAAACAUACUAAUCGCGAUGAAAAUAAGAAUAAAGAAGAAAAGGGUGAGAAAGAUAAGAAUGAUAAGUAUACUGAGAAUUUAUUGGCUAUACAGUUAUUAAUAGAGUUUGACGCAUUUGCAAAUGAUGAAAAUAAGGAAAACUUGGAGCAUUUAUGGCUUCUUUCAGUCCAUUGCUUGUCGAUAAUAUUUUCAAUAGGCCCUCACGAGAUAUCAAAUGAGGCCAUGAAGGGGCUUAAUAAGCUGUUACUCCAACAGCCGUAUCCAAAAACCAACUGUACACUCACAUCACAAAUCUCAAGAAUUUUCGAUUACAUACUCUCGCCAAUGGUUACCCUCAAUUUCUGUUAUCCAUUGCCAAAACACAUACAAUGUAAUCUGAGAGAUCAAGGUCAAGCUGAAUUGGAUAAAACCGUAGGUAGUGCAAAUGGACAAGGGAGUGAGAGCAGUGAUUACGUGAUUUUUAGUCCAUUUACCACUAAUAGUGGUAGUGGAGUGGGACAUUUGUGGAUGAGUGGUUCUAUGAACGAAUAUUUGAAUAAUUUCGCAUUCAAAGAUUUUGAUGAUUUGGCAACCAGAAAAGCAACAGCAACCAACCUCAUCUGCCAUGCACUCUUGUCAAAACUCACACACGUCCUGAGUGAACACUGCGAACCAGUAGAUUCUCAAGUACUAAAAUCCUCAGCAAGUAAUCUAGAAUGUCUUUUAUAUGAUGCCAGAGAAGUUUGUGAAUCGAAUUGCGUGAAGAAGCUGAUAGUGGUGACACAGUAUGUGUUGAACGUUAUCAUCCCAAGUAACGGAGAGAUACACACUGGUCUUAGCAGAGACACGUAUUUGGAGACUUUGAAGAACUUCAUUUUGGUGCUUUUGACUUCGCCAGAGCUCAAAUCUGCACCGGAAUCAUGCUUAGGGCAUUUUAAGUCAGACUCGGAGUUGAAGUCAAGCUUAGAGAUACUCAAAGAUCAAACGUCAUUUGAAGCCGCUUCGCCAGGAGAAUACGUAUUGGCGUCGCUUUUAGCGCAUACCUUCUCAUCCUCAGAUUCACUCAAGAAUCUUUUCCUGGAAGUUCUCAAGGUGGUUUUCCCCAAACCUGCUGAAGAACCCACGCCUAACAACACACAAGUCACUAAAACUAAUGUAUCUUAAUUUUA